AUGGAGUCCCCUAUCAGUCACGCCUCGAGUACGGAGGAUGACUAUCGCGAAAUCUACGAAGCAGCGCUCUACGACCGUCUUCGUGACGGUCUCCGGGCGCAUGCCCAGGAGCGAAAGGCAAAACAUCACCACAAGCUGCUGCCCAUCAACAAUCGAGACCCGGAUCUGACCAGAAUCGCAACGAAUGCAUCCAAAGCAACGAAGGUCAUACCAAGGAGACUCGCCGACAUCGAUCCUCGUCUCGAUCCCGAGAAAGACGCGUUCGACUUCCGAUUCUGGGCUACAACCUUCAUCCAGCUGGUCAAAGAAGACGGGAUCAAGCGGGUCAAUGUCGGUGUUUCCUUCAGGUCUCUCGCUGUGUCUGGAAUGGCAUCCAACCUGGGUUUACAGCCUACUGUCACAACCCCGUGGGUUGCUCUUGCUCGCUUGCCGAUGUUGCGUAGCAAACGCCAGCGGGAACCCAAAGUGAUACUGCACCAACUCGACGGUUCUGUCAAGAGUGGGGAAAUGCUGCUCGUGCUGGGCCGCCCUGGGAGUGGCUGCACAACCUUCCUCAAGUCGAUUGCUGUUCAGUUGAACGGCUUGACUAAGUCGCAGGCCUCCACUGUCAGCUACGACGGCAUCCCUCAAGACGUGUUCAUGCGAAAAUUCAAGGGAAAGGCGGUCUACAACGACGAGAACGAUGAACACUUUCCCCACCUAACAGUGGGACAAACCCUUCACUUCGCUGCAUUUGCACAAACACCACAUGCUCGGAUUAAGGGAGUUGAUCGGUUGACGCAAGCCACUCACAUGGCUGAAGUCAUGAUGCGAAUCUUCGGCCUGUCGCACGUCCGGGACACAAAAGUUGGCAACGAUACAGUCCGUGGUGUUAGCGGUGGGGAGAGAAAGCGCGUGAGCAUUGCAGAGAUGGCUCUGGCGAGGUCAGUUCUAGCUGUGUGGGACAACUCCACCAAAGGUCUGGACUCAACGACCGCUCUCGAGUUUGUGCGGUCGUUGCGUGCUUUGGCCGACGUAGCUGGUGUUACGCAAGCCGUGGCCCUUUACCAGGCCAGUCAACGCAUCUACGAGACGUUCGACAAGGUGCUGGUCCUGUACGAAGGGCGCCAGAUUUACUUCGGGCCCAUUGACUCUGCUCGUUCAUACUUCGAGCGAAUGGGAUGGUUCUGUCCUCCACGUCAGACCACUCCGGACUUCUUGACCUCGAUCACCAACCCGCAGGAAAGACAACCCCAGCUCGAAUUUGCAAACAAAGUUCCUAAAACAGCCAGCGCCUUUGAAGAUUAUUGGCUCAAGUCAGAAGAGUUUCAAGCCUGCAUUGCCGAAAUCAGCAGCGCCGAAAUAGACGCCAAAAACAACGGUCGCCUCCAAGCCUUGCAAGACGCGCACCACGCAGCACAAGCUCACCACACGAGAGCAACUUCUCCUUACUUGCUAUCGAUCUGGAUGCAGGUACGCCUGUGCAUACAGAGAUGCGCUCAACUCCUGUGGAAUGACAGAGCUUCUACUGUUGCUCUGGCAGGAGGACGAGUCAUCCUCGCCUUGAUCAUUGGCAGCGUCUACUUUGGGACCCCCAACACUACUGCGAGCCUUCAGACACGAGGAGCUGUGAUAUUCCUUGCUACUCUGAUGAACGCUCUCAUGGCGGUCACUGAGAUUGGUGCUCUGUUCGGCAAACGAGGAGUUGUACAGAAGCAGAACACCUUCGCCUUCUACCAUCCUUCUGCAGAUGCACUCGCCGCUUUCCUCAUUGAUAUACCCGUCAAGUUCGCCAUCUCGACGCUGUUCAACGUCGUCUACUACUUCUUGUCGGGACUCAGAGCCGACGCAUCAAGCUUCUUCAUUUUCCUCUUGUUCAACUUUGUCUGUACGCUGUUAAUGUCAGCUAUCUUCCGCGGUAUUGGGGCAGCAUCAAAACAGCUUGCGAAAGCAUAUGCGGUUGCCGGUAUCGGAGUCCUGAUGAUGGUCAUUUACACCGGCUUCACGCUACAGACGUCCUACAUGCAUCCUUGGUUUCGCUGGAUCAAUUAUAUCAACCCUAUUGCUUAUAUCUUCGAAGCGUUGCUCGUCAAUGAAGUCCACGGCCGCCGGUUUCCUUGUGCUUCGCAGAGUCUUGUUCCGCCCUAUGCCAGUGGGAACGAGAAUUUUGCCUGCGCUGUCAUUGGCGCGCAACCUGGAGAGCGGACAGUUUCUGGAGAUCUCUGGGUCCAGUCAGGGUAUCAAUACAGCUACAGCCACAUUUGGCGGAACCUGGGGAUCGCAUUGGCGUACAUGGUCUGUUUCCUCGUCAUCCACCUCGUCGCCGUGGAGUUUAUGUCUACCGCAGACGCACAGCCACAGCGGCUUAUCUAUCGGACUCGCAAAGCAGCACAAGCCUCGAAGAAAGACGUUGAGUCGGAUGCACACCAAGAGUUCGCGACUCCUCCGAAUGCAGCAACGAACGAGAAGGAAAACCCCGGUGACGGUCGAACCGGCAGGCAAGCGAGCAAAGACCAUGCCGACAAGAUGACCGAGGCAGCUGGCGUCCUCACUUGGGAAGACGUCACACUAGAUAUAAUGAUCCAGGACAAACCCAGACGUCUCCUGGACAGUGUCACUGGGUGGGUCGACAGCGGUAGGCUUACAUGCCUGAUGGGUGUCUCAGGGGCCGGAAAGACGACGCUCCUUGAUACGCUGGCACAGCGCCAGACCACGACCGGGAAACGUUCCGGCAGUAUUCUAGUGGACGGAAUGCCACUACAACCGUCUUUCCAGCGCAAGACCGGAUAUGUUCAGCAGCAGGAUCUCCACCUUUCAACAAGCACUGUUCGUGAAGCCCUCCGUUUCUCUGCCCUCCUCCGGCAACCUCGGUCAGUAACCGUUGAAGAAAAGUUCGCCUUUGUUGAGCAUGUCAUCGACAUCUUGGGCAUGGAGCUAUUCAGUGACGCGGUCAUCGGUCAAGUAGGCGAAGGACUGAACAUCGAGCAGAGAAAGCUCGUCACCAUUGGGGUGGAGCUUGCGGCAAAACCUUCAAUCCUGUUCCUGGACGAACCCACUUCCGGCCUCGACUCGCAGAGCGCAUGGACAAUUGUCUCGCUGCUGCGAAAGCUGGCAGACAAUGGCCAAGCCGUGCUGGCUACCAUCCAUCAGCCCUCGGCUAUGCUGUUUCAGCAGUUCGACUCCAUCUUGCUCCUGGCGAAAGGUGGACGGACCAGCUAUUUCGGGCCGCUUGGGGCGGAUUGUCGUACAUUGACACAAUACUUCGAGAGGCAUGGCGCUCCGAGCUGUGCUCCAGAGCAAAACCCUGCGGAAUAUAUCCUCAACACCAUCGGAAGUCCGACUUCCCACGACUGGACGCAGAUCUGGCAGUCGAGUCAAGAGUGUGCCGCAACCAAGGAGACGCUCCGGACGAUUGUCGCGAACGCCCAGCUCGCCACGAGAGGCCCCUCCGACCCUGACGGCGAGUUUGCACUUCCUUUCACGGCCCAGCUCCGGCUUGUUCUCCAGCGGUUGUUCCAGAACUACUGGCGCAAUCCCACCUACAUCUACGCCAAGCUCCAGUUUGCAAUGCUCUCCUCCCUCUUCAUCGGCUUCACUUUCUACCUGCAAAACUCGUCGGCAACAGGGAUGCAAAACGUCGUCUUCGCCAUCUACAUGUUGAACGCAACGUUCUCCUCCAUGGUCAAUCAGAUCAUGUCACGGUUCCUUCCGCAACGCGCGCUUUUCGAAGUCCGCGAAGCCCCUUCCAAACUGUACAGCUGGCUCGCGUUCGUGCUGGCCAACAUUCUGGUCGAGAUACCCUACCAGAUCUUCCUGUCUGUGGUCGUCUGGGCGUGCUGGUACUUCCCCAUCUUCGGCAUACACCACGAUUCAGCCACCCGGGCCAUGAUGUGGGCAUUCUGCAUGCAGUUUUUACUCUUUGGAGCGACCUGGGCGCAGAUGCUCAUCUUCGUCAUGCCCAGCACCGAAACCGCCGGCGCGCUCUCCACCAUCCUUUUCACGUUGACGCUCCAGUUCAACGGCGUGCUGCAGCCACCCACGGCACUGCCUGGGUUCUGGAUCUUCAUGUACCGCGUCAGCCCGUUCACAUACCUUAUCGGCGGAUGGGCGGGGACCGGUCUGGCGGACCGACCAGUCGUUUGCGCCAGCAACGAGCUGGCCAUCUUCGAUCCCCCAGCUGACCAGACCUGCGGCGCGUAUCUCUCAGCAUAUCUCGAGGGUGGCGCACCUGGCUCUCUGCUCAACCCCUCUGCCGUGUCCCAAUGCGAGUACUGCCCCUUGCGAAAUGCCAACCAAUUCCUCGCCGGUUCCUGGAUCCAUCCCUCCGACAAGUACCAGAACCUGGGUAUCCUCUUCGCUUACAUUGCUUUCAACAUGUUUGCUGCCGUCGUGCUGUAUUAUGUUUUCCGUGUCAGGCGCUUCUCCAUCAAAAGUCUACGGAAAUCAAGACCGCACAGCGAGGGUAAGGACAAGCAGGCGGCGGGAAAACAUCACAGGAGUAGACUGUUCUAUCCCGGAUUCUACUACCAUUUCACCCUAGCGCUGCUUAGGAACCUUGUUCGGUAG